AUGUCCUUCAACGGGCAUCGCGCCGCCUACAACUCGACCACUAUGUCAUCAACAGUACCCGUCGGUCUGUCCAACAACCUCCUUUCGGCAUCCAUAUCAUCUCUGUCGUCUUCUCCAUCAACACGGCACCCUUCUCAAAUCUCAAAGACCUAUCGUCAAGCUUCCACCUUGUUCCUCACGCGUCGACUUCCGGAAGCUCUGACAACCUUGCUCCCUCUGAUUAAAUCUCCCGAACAUGUUGACGAUGGCGAGCCUGCGCCCGUCGCGCGAGCUUCAAGAACGACCCGAAUCAAAGUCUGGAGCCUAUAUCUUACGAUUCUGAAUGGCAUUGUUGAAUUGGAGCCCGAGGAUGGCAAGGAAGCUUUCGGGAACCAGGAAUGGAGAGCGUUGUGUACCAAGGUCCGCGAAGGAGAAAUAUGGGACGAGGUUGUUACGAAUGGUUACCACGGUGUUGAGGGUGACGUCGAUUCAGACGUGGUUAUCAAUCUCGCAACAAUACUAUUGGCACAUGCUCGUGACCAAAAGCUAAACCAGCACAAACUUGAGGCCUAUUUGGCCGCCUCUAACACUCCUCAUCUUGAUGUUGCUGGGCGACUUACUGAAUCAGCGAGCUCGCCCACUUCAAAUCGUUAUAGGUCUCCAGCCAAAGGAGCAAGUGGCGCAAAUACGCCUCGAGAUCUGAAUGCCCGAGUCAAGAUUCUCGAGUUGUACACGUUACACGUGCUUUUGCGCAACAACGAAUGGGACUAUGCUCGUGAAUUUAUCAGCGUCAGUUCGGUCCUGGACGAGGAGCGCCGCGAAGCUUUUCUACAAGCCUUGCAGAGCCUUCACGAUGAGCAGCAAGAGCAGGAAAGACAGGAGAACGAGGAGCGUGAGCGACAAGAAGAUGAGCUACGAAAAGAGAUUGAGGAGGCAAAGAGACUGCGCGCUGAAAACGAGGAAAGAGAGAGAAAGCGAAUAGAAGAAGAGCGCGUGAAACGUGAAGGGAGCGAGGUUGAUUACGGGGUUGACGAUACUGCCAGUCACGCUGGAUCGACUCGACCCCGGAAAGCUAGAACUCCGUCGUCUUCGUCUUCAAGACAAUCCAGACCACAAGGCACCACAGGCCAAGCAGCACCCAAGGCAAAUGGCAAAGCUGUCUCACGCGCCCCAACUCUUACAUCACGCGCCUCCAUGGCAAUUACACAUCUCCGGAGCGUUAUCCAGCAGCUGGGGUCGUCUCUCAAUGCGAACCCCAUGCUCCUGUUCAAAUUUAUGGCGUUUAUCAUGGGUUUGGUUCUUAUGUUGGGCAAUACAAAUAUCCGUGAGCGAGUGAAGCGAAUACUUGCGGCCUUUUGGUCCAAGGUUAAGGGCACAGCAGGAAUGGGUGUCAAGGUUUAUAAUCUUGGGGCAUCCAUCACGAUCCUUCUCGAGGCGCGUGCAUUCGAAGCAGUAGAAGGCGUCGGAGAUACCUUCACCGCCGCAUACAACGCACUUGUUCUGGUAGUUGCCGAAGCUGCACUCGUCGCAAAUGCGGACAAGCGUAGUAGGCCGCACGUAAGAGUCGCAGACUGGGCAUUUGCCGUCGCACUUGUCGCAGAGACGACCGAUGGCGAUGCCGGCCUGCUUGCGACACAUAACAAGAUCGCUGGAAUAAGGCUCCUUCCAAUGGAUGAUACCCAGGCAAGGCUGGAGAGCCACGACAACACAUUAUCUCCAGAUGUUUCAGAUAGGGAACCUGUGAAAAGAAAGGCUUCAGCAAGCGAAGACCAGCUUUCUCCGAAACGCAUAAAACACGAUGACCAUUUCCGCGAAGCCACGAACGAACCACCGAGGAGAGACUCACUACAGAGCCGUCGCGAUUCCCAUGGAGACUCAGCAGGAGUUGAUGUUGAUCGCCGUAAACUUGCGACCCAGGAAGAGAAGAAGCGCGGCAAACGGUUGUUCGGUGGACUGCUCAACACUUUGAGCCAGACGGCUGGAAACACGCAACAUAAGCGCCGUCUGGAGAUAGAACGAAGACAACAAGAACGAAUUCACAAACAGAGCAUUGAGGAUGGCAAGGUGCGGGAGGAAAAGAGGGCGCGAAUUACAGAGAUUCGAAAGGGCGAGCAGAUUGUGUUCGACGAGGAAGUUAUGCGGAAUAAGCAUACCAAAAUGCUUGCGAUGGCUCAAUACCUGCGGACAAAGUCACGACCGCAGAUCUAUUAUUUACCUUGGAAACUCACAGAAGAACAAGAGGAUGCGAUAGACACCCAAAUACAACAAGCUAAGGCCACAAUAGAGCGUGAAGUUGGCGCAUUCGAUGCAAGAAAGGAGCGACAAACGAAUCGAGGCAGGAAAUCACCAGUACAUGUAGAGGCGACGGUGCCUUUGAAUGAUGACUCGGCUUCUGAACCAAAGGUCAUGAGUGCCCCUGAGCAGCCGUUACGAAAUCAAGUGAUGGACGAUCAAGAGCACCAUGACCACCACAAUGAUGAAUCGGCAGAUGUACUGGAGGAAGCUGAGGAAGAUACGGUGAUUUACUGA